AUACCCCUAUAUAGUGUUGUUAAGCCAGUUACAUGCAAUAAUGGGCGUUUGAAAAGCGUGUUUUCGCUGUCACCGCGGAUGUAUCUCGUACGAGCUAACGUUAGUUCAAGGCUAAACACCUGAAAACUACAGUCAACAUCUUAAUUAUAUUGCGUUUACUUAUCAAAAUGAAAAACGUCGUUUUACUUUUAUGCUUUUUGCUUGCAAAAGGUGUGUUUGGUGAAGAUGUGAUGUCAGUGAUGGAGGGAGAUUCUGUCAAGCUACACACUGAUCUUACAGAUUUACAGGGAUAUGAACUUAUACUGUGGACAUUUGGAGCUGACAGCACUCGUAUAGCUCAGAUCAACAAUGUAGUCAAUAAGAUCUCAUUAUAUAAUGAUGUUCUUGAUGGGAAAUUCAGAGACCGACUGCAGCUGGAUAAUCGGACUGGAUCUCUGACCAUCGCAAACACCAGAUCCACAGACACUGGACUUUAUGAACUGCAGGUCAUUGGUGGAAAAGAGGUCCCACCCAAGAAAUUCAGCGUUAUUGUUUCUGCUCCUCUAUCUGUUCCUGUCAUCAGCAGAAACUCUUCUCAGUGUUCUUCGCUGGGGUCAUCAGUGUCCAAAUGUUCACUAGUGUGUUCAGUGGUGAAUGUGAAUCAUGUGACUCUCUCCUGGUACAAAGGAAACAGUUUAUUGUCCAGCAUCAGUGUGUCUGAUCUCAGCAUCAGUCUCUCUCUACCUCUGGAGGUGGAAUAUCAGGAUAAAAACACCUACAGCUGUGUGAUCAACAGUCCCAUCAACAACCAGACCACACAUCUGGACAUCAGCAAACUCUGUCACACAUGUUCAGAGGAUGCAUCAAGUUUAAACCCAGAAGACGGCAUAUUUUUAGGUCAUGUGGUGCUGAUAUGCAUUGGUGUUAUAGUUCUUGUAAUAGUCUUGGCUGCAGUUGGGAUGUUCGGUAUCUACUGGAAAUAUAGAAAAACAAAUCAGCUGAGCCAGAGUCCUACGCAAAACUAUACUGAGUUGGAUAAUGGUUCUCAAAGUGAUGAUUUGGCUGAGACAGAUGAACUGAAGACAGUAUCAGUGAAUGUGGGAGGGACCGUCAUUCUAAACACAGGUGUCACUGCAAUACAAAGUUUUGAUGUGCUGCAGUGGAGGUUUAGUGAUGUAAACGCAGACAGCACAAACCCAUUUAUUGUCUUUGCAAGACUUAAUGAACAAAGCAAUUUUGAUCCUACUGGUCAUGAUGAGACGUUCAGACACAGAGUAAAUCUGGAUCAACAAAAUGGAUAUCUUACAAUUAGUGGCAUCAUGCCCACAGACUUUGGAAUUUAUAAACUAAAUAUCACCAGGAAUGGGAGAAAUGUGAUCUCCAAGACAUUUAUCGUCAGAGAUUCCUCAGAAAAUAAAGAGGAGACAGAGGUGCCAGAGGACACAUCAACAUUAUUAAUUGGAGAGACUGCUAUCACUAGUCUAUAGUCACUGUUACAUUAUUCUUAUUUGUAUAAAACGUUUCUGCUUUUAUGAGCCUUUAAAACUGGAAAAAGGUUUAAAGUGAACACUGCAUGCUGUUAACCUGUGAAAACUAUCAGAACAAAGGGCUUGAUGGAAUUGAUGUUACACUAACUUUUUUUUGGUUAUUUUUGACAUUUGCAUGAAUGUGACAUUGGUGUCAGUUUUACAGUUUUGAUCAGUGUUAAUGAACAAAACAACAUUUUUGAAUGUUUUCCGCCCUCUAGUGGGCAAUCCGUAUUAUAAUGUGUGUGUUUGUAAAUAGUUUUAUCAUGUAAAUGAAAGGCUGCAGUUUUGGUCUGAACAUCAUUUCAGCCUCAUUAAGGACAAAAUAUGAAUUUAUUUUAUUACUAUUUAAUAAUAAAUUGUUCUUUUAAAGUUACUGUCCUAUAAAUUGUGAUGAAAACUUCAUUAUAAUCCAUUAUAUGCAAUGCAAACAGAUUUGCUGUAAAAUUUGUAAAUGUUAACUCUACAAUGUAAGGUAACUUACAGUUAUUUUAUUAAUUGGAUUUUACUGUUUUUUAAUGCAUUUUAUUAAAAAAGAAAAAAAUUAACAAAAAAAAAAAAA